AGGAGUUUCCAGAGGCCCAGGACCCACCUGUGCAGAAUUAGGGGCUCAGAGGAUUCCAGCCCGAUUUUCCCUCCUCAGGCUGAGGUUUGGGAUGCAGCUGCUCCUGGACAGACCCAGAGCAUUCCCAGGAGCCUGAUCGGAGCCGGAGCAGCCCCGGGGGUCCCAUGGAGCAGGAGGGGAGCCCCCAGCCCCAGCAGGAGGCUGAGGGGGGGGACGGAAUCCCCGGGGCUGGGGACGCAAUUCCCGAUGUCGGGGAUGAAAUUCCUGGUGUUGGUGAUGGAAUUCCCGGUGCUGGGGGUGGAAUUCCCGAUGUUGGGGACUCAAUUCCCAACAUAGGGUAUGAAAUUCCUGGUGCUGGGAGCACAAUUCCCAGCGCUGGGGAUGGAAUUCCUGAUGUUGGGAGCACAAUUCCCAAUGUUGGAGAUGGAAUUCCUGAUGUUGGGGACACAAUUCCCAAUGUUGGAGAUGGAAUUCCCGGUGCAGGGGACAGAAUUCCCGGUGUUGGUGACGGAAUUCCCGGUGUAAUGGAUGAAAUUCCCGGUGUUGGUGACAGAAUUCCCAGCAUUGGUGACACAAUUCCCGGUGUUGGGGACAGAAUUCCCGGUGUAAGGGAUGAAAUUCCCAAUGUUGGAGAUGGAAUUCCUGGUGUUGGGGACAGAACUCCGGGUGUAAGGGAUGAAAUUCCCGGUGCUGGUGACGGAAUUCCCGGUUUAGGGGAUGAAAUUCCCAGUGCUGGUGAUGGAAUUCCCAGUGUUGGUCAUGGAAUUCCCAGCGUUGGUGAUGGAAUUCCCGGUUUAGGGGAUGAAAUUCCUGGUGUUGGUGAUGGAAUUCCCGGUGCUGGUGGCACAAUUUCCGAUGUUGGUGACGGAAUUCCCAGUGCUGGCGACACAAUUCCCGGUGUUGGUGACGGAAUUCCCAGUUUUGGUGAUGCAAUUCCCAAUGCUGGUGGCACAAUUCCUGGUGCUGGUGACACAAUUCCCAGUUUUGGUGACACAAUUCCUGGUGUUGGUGACAGAAUUCCUGAUGCUGGUGACGGAAUUCCCAGUUUUGGUGACACAAUUCCCAAUGCUGGUGACACAAUUCCCAAUGCUGGUGACACAAUUCCCAGUUUUGGUGACACAAUUCCCGGUGUUGGUGACGCAAUUCCCAAUGCUGGUGACACAAUUCCCGGUGUUGGUGACACAAUUCCCAAUGCUGGUGACACAAUUCCCGGUGUUGGUGACGGAAUUCCCAGUUUUGGUGACCCAACCCCCGGAGCCAGCCCCUCCCCGCCCGGGAACACCACCGGGGCCCGAUCCUGGGGGGUACCCAGCCCCGAGCGACCCCCGGGGGGCUCCCCCCAGCAGCGGCAGCAGCCCCCCGAGGAUUUGGGGUCCGCGCCGGGCGAGCCCCCCGAGGAGCUGUACCACGUCAAGUGGAUCCGCUGGAAGGGGCAGCGCACGCCCCUGGUCACCCAGAGCCAGAACGGGCCCUGCCCGCUGCUGGCCCUCAUCAACGUCCUCCUGCUGCAGUGGAAGGUGAAGCUGCCCCCGCAGACGGAGGUGGUCACGGCCGAGGAGCUGAUGGCACAUUUGGGGGAUUGCAUCCUGGCCACCCAACCCCGGGACACCUCGGAGGGGCUGCAGCUGAACUUCCAGCAGAACAUCAGUGACACCAUGACGGUGCUGCCCAAGCUCUCCACGGGGCUGGACGUCAACGUGAGGUUCACGGGGGUCUCAGAUUUCGAGUACACCCCCGAGUGCAUCGUCUUCGACCUCCUCAACAUCCCGCUCUACCACGGCUGGCUGGUGGACCCCCAGAGCCCCGAGCAGGUGCAGGCCGUGGGCAAGCUCAGCUACAACCAGCUGGUGGAGAAGAUCAUCACCUGCAAACACGCCAGCGACUCCGGCCUGGUGAGCGAAGGGCUGGUGGCCGAGCAGUUCCUGGAGAGCACGGCGUCGCAGCUGAGCUUCCACGGGCUGUGCGAGCUCACGGCCCGCGCCCGCGAGGGCGAGCUCGGCGUCUUCUUCCGCAACAACCACUUCAGCACCAUGGUCAAGCACCAGGGCCACCUCUACCUGCUGGUGACCGACCAGGGCUUCCUGCAGGAGGAGGGGGUGGUGUGGGAGAGCCUGCACAGCGUGGAUGGGGACAGCUGCUUCUGUGACAGCGACUUCCACCUCAGCCACCCCCCGGGCAAGCAGGGAGCCCCCCAGGAGCACCGGCUGCAGCAGAGACAAGUGGACCAGGAUUACAUGGUGGCCCUGUCCCUGCAGCAGGGCCAGGACCCCCCCUCGGUGCUCAGCGACCUGGAGCUGGCGCGGCAGCUGCAGCACGAGGAGUACCAGCAGCACCAUCCUCAUCCUCACCAUCCUCAUCCUCACCAUCCUCACCCUGCCGCUCCUCAGCCGCUCCCAGCGCAGCGGCGGUCGCGGCAGAGGCUGGAUUCGGACUGCACCCUCCUGUAGCACCUCGAGCCCGGGGGUCCCCGCACCCAGAGCCCCCCCAGACCCCGCUCUGCGUCCUCCAGGGACAUCCCGGGGGUCCCUGUGGGGCUGGAGAUGAGGGGUGUGACCGUCUGAGCCCACCCCAAACUUCCCAGUGGCCUUAACACGGCGGGGUCGCACUCAGGGGGGGUCCCACAGCUCAGUCCGUGCUCUGAGACACGGGGGGAUGGGGGGGACAGGGACCCCCCCCUCGGCUCAAAAUGUGGCCUUAGCCCUUGGCAAGUAAAGGACUUGUCCC